GAUUAGUGUAAGAUGCUGAGUGAAGAGUUGGGUACAUCGGGUGAGUGCAUGAUUUUGACCCCCGCUGAAGUGUUACCCGAUAAUCACGAUUAAUACUUGCUCUACGAACCUGCGACUUCCCAGCUGUUGGCCGUGUACCGUCGCUGGUCGCACAGGUGUCAGUCUUCAUCAUCCACAGAUGUCGGGUAUCUUAUUCUGCUCGAGGACGCAAGACUACACUUUGUGUUUUUUUGGCAUGAAACUACCUGUACACACCUGAGCAUCUGAAAGGUCCAUAUUCAGAGAGCAGGUAUCACGUCAGCUGACACUGGAACCUAUUUAUGACACGUGCGGUCAGUACUAAGAGAUUAAGGGUCACAGCAGUGCGCUUAUAGUGAAGGACGAAACUGGGAACCAUAGAUGUUGAUGAGAACAUCGUGAUUGUUAGAAAGACUGUUGUGUCCUUCUCUGAGACAUAUUUUCUUCUGCUGUUAAGAAAUCUAGAGACAAGUUCCUUGCAACUGAAGGCGAAGGCUUUACGUGGUAUUCUCGUGAUUGUCCUCCGUACACGGUGUCAGCUACAGCUGCUGUGUGUGACAGUGAUGUCCGAUCAGAGACUGAAGGGGACCAAAAUGGCAAGGACUGGGGACCACUGCUGUCAGAAAGUCCACAGACCGUGAAAGAUGAAGGACAGUUGGCGCCUCAGAGCUCUGGAACAGUAGAGAAAACUCAUGAGGCGACAUCAAGGGAGGUCACCAAAGGUGAUGGCGUGCCAUAUGACCGGGGAUGGGCAUGGAUGAUCGUUCUUGGGACGUUCAUCAACAUUACCAUUGUCACUGGUUAUUUAAGGUCUACUGGAAUCAUCUUCGUUGAGCUGCUUGAGUCAUUUCGGGGCGCCUGCAUCCAAGACGUCACUCAUCUUUGGCAUCAGAUCCGCAGUCUUCAGCAUAAGUGGACUUUAUGUUAUGAAUGCUGUGGUUGGUCGCAUUGGCUCAAGAAAAACUGUUAUCAUUGGCUCCUUCUGCGUUACUUUGAGUUUAAUUCUGUCUUCCAUUGCUGGGAUCUCAUCACCCUCAUUUGCGUGCAAUCUAUUCUUUUUGGUGUAGGACUAGCCAUGCAAGCUCACCUGGUGAGGUUCUCGUAGGGGCCUACUUCAAACGCCGCCGCUCCCUAGCUCUCGCCAUCGGCAAGUGCGGAGGUAGCGUGGGCAGUUUUGCCAUCCCUCCCUUGGUCGUGUACCUCUUGCAGGAGUACGGUCUCCGAGGCACCCUCCUCGUGUAUGGAGCUAUUUGCUUUCAUUCGCUUGCUGCGGCUUUUCUCCUAAGACCUACUUCAUUCUACAAGAAGCUCCACCAGCGGCGAGGCAGAGAAGCCAUUGGAGUAAAAGAAGCCGAACUCGAUGUUACUGGUUCUGUGGAAGGAGAUAAUACAGGCUUAACGAAAUGCGUCGUCAACCAUAUCAGGGACGACCGCCGAGAAGUGGUCCAAGUCAACCAAAGAGCUGGAGAAACGUCUGCAAGUAGCAACACUUCCAGCAUCGUGACUUCUCCUGAAACCAGCUUUGACGGGGUGACAGCCUGCAAAGCUGAAAAAAAACAGCAAAACUGGAAAAAUUAGAGACCUAGCUGGUCUGGCUAAAAGUCUCCCUGAAAUUCAAGUCUUACAUCGAGGGAAAGAACAAUUUGUGUCUACCUCCCGAAAGCGAACGUUUUCGGAGCCGACUAAAGUGGACACAGCUGCGCAAAAGCAAACGAGAGAUUUGAAAAGGUGGCAUCAUUGAGAAAGCCAGCGAAUCCACCAUAGCUAAAUACAUCUCCAUGCCAAGUUUAGAAUUUGGUUCCAUGACUGUUAUAGACCUCCGUGACACGAUGGCCAACUAUACAGUACAUGAAAAGCCAGAGAAAGAUGCUGAAGAGGAAGAAAGCUUCAUAGUAGGGGAAUCUAGGGAAGGACUACCUCUGACCGAAGCCAAGAAUUCAGGAAGGCCGUGUCGUGCAAUGCUGCAAGUCGGCGCUGUCUGUGCUGGACUUCUCUCUUCUCCGUCGGCCCACAUUUCGCAUGCUGCUGGUGUAUUUCGCCUUUUCCCAGUGGUCAACAUCACCACAAACCUCCUUCCCGCCGUUGCCAUCGAGAAGGGAGUCGGCAAGACGGAGGCAGCCCUGUUGCUCAGCAUCACUGGCGGCCUUGACCUCGUGUGUCGACUGGGUACAGGUUUCAUCGCCGACUCGAAGAAGCUGCAUGCCUCCACGCUCAUCAUCAUCGCCUUCGUCGUCCUUAGCAUCAUGACGCAGUUCGUGCGGUUCAUGACGUCAUUCGUGCACUUCCUGGUGCUGGCAGUGGUGCACGGCCUUCUAGGAGGUGUGUCCAACGUUUUGGGAGCAAUCCUCAUCAUCGAGUACACGGGCCUGGAGAACAUGGGCAAGGGCAUUGGCUUUGCUCAGUUCGUGGUCGGCGCCAGCAUGGCCGGCGUGUACCCACUACUUGGCUACAUCCGUGACGUAACAGGCUCGUAUGACGUCCCCUAUCACGUCAUCGGGUGCGGCAUCCUGCUAGACGCGGGACUAUUGCUGUUGGUGAGAUUAGUCCACAGGUGGGAAACGCGUCAUCUGACGAAAAGGGGACAAGACACAAAGGCAGUCGUCGUUUAAGAACAAUCACAUCCCAAGUGAAUUCAACGAAUAGUGAAUUCAGCCAUGAAGAUGAGAAAAAAUGCUGUUUAGAGGACAGUAGGAUACCAAGAACGAAAAAAUAAAUAUAAAUAAAGCAAGGGUUAAAGCUAGGAAACAAUUUCAACUGUGGAUUAGCAGUUUGUGAACGAACAAAGGAGAAAGACAAAAACUUGUAACUGCCUGAGCUUCAUGUGGUCUUCGUAACUCCCGCCAUCUUGUCGGGGGGUGGGGAGAUGGGUAGGUUUGACGUCAGGCGGUAUAGUCGUAAGACUUAAAAAUAGCAUGUGAUAAAAAUAACAAAUCAGCAGUCCUCGUACUAAGCUCUCGCUCCAUCCAUUUAUUUAUUUGCUGCUGUUUAUAUCGGUUAGUGCAUACGCUCUCGUACUGGGGAAAGUACGGUCUCAGCAUUACUGUUGGUACAUUCUGUGUUUACUUUUCUAGUUUCAGCUUCUAUCCUUCCAUUUCAUGCAGGCUACCUUACAAUCAUGGCGUGAACAGCGAGUGCUUUGGAAGACUGUGAUGUAAGCUUUCCCUACUCAUAUAGAGCA